AUGGCGACGGAAUCAAUCUGCUUCAAUCUCGUAUCUUUAGCGAGGUUUACGAAAAACCCAUCAAUUCAAUUUCGUAAAAGUAGAAAACUUUCUUGUCGAUUUGGUGUACUCUGCUCAAAGACAUCUGAUUAUCAAGAUUUUCAGAGUUAUGCAAGACCUUUACGUCUCUUACCAGUAGAAGAAGUGAAAGUUUAUAGAGAGAAUCAAUCUCUCACUGUGAGUGAAUGUCGGUCUCUUUAUAAAGUUAAGCUGGAGACAAGUAAUUUGUUCGGUUCAGGGAUUAGUGAUAUGAAUGCUAGAGUUCUUGUAUGCUUGAUAGACGAAAAGGGUGAUUCGAUAUUACAGAUAAUACCUGCAAAUUUGGCAAGCAAUGAAUCUUUGGAUCCAGAGGUUGUUGAGAAUGGUGAAAGCUUUAAGUUUCAGAGAGGUUCUGUUGAUGAGUUCACAUUCGAAGGACCGAAACUCGGCAAAAUCAGAGCUUUUUGGAUCAGUCUUGAGUCUGGUCAAUGGAGAGUUGGAGGAGUGAGCUUGUGGGUUGUUGAAGGACCUUUUCUUGGUGAAACCGAUGCAGAAACUUACUGUUACCGAUAUGAUUUUGAAGUCGAUGAAAUCUUGCUUGGAGAGAGCAAUGACUUAUCAAUGGUGGAACUCAGGCCUACUCGUAUCACUCAACUCACUGACCCUGAUCAAGUCUCUUUGUCUUCGGCUCUGACUCUUGAUCGUAAAGUUGUUUCCAACGAGGAAAGCAUGGAAGAAUAUGCAAACUUGAAACUCUCUCUGUUACUCUACGAUGCAAUUCUCGUCCUUCUUGGAAGUUUACUCUUUUCAUUCUCACUAGGCGAGAAUUCCGCCAUUGCAUUUUUCUUCGGUGGAACAAUGGGAUUUUUCUACUUGCUGCUCCUACAGAGAUCAGUCGAUGAACUUCAAGCGCCAGGAACCUCUGCUUCCCAAAACUCCAAUCAAAUACUCAGCGGAAGACUCAAGAUUCCGGUUUUGAGCCUUGUAUUGGCCACGGGAUUGUCGGUUUUAGCCGUUAGAGGUUACACUGGCGAAGAUCUCACUGCAUUUGCAGUUACACCAAGAGAGAUUGUGGUAGGGACUUUCGGGUUUCUUGUGUGCAAAGUAGCCGUUGUUUUGGCUGCCUUCAAGCCCUUCAAAGAUGAGUCUUCUUAA